AGGCGUUUCGCCCCCUCCCGUUCGCUAGACGCCUCUGGACUCGUCCGUGGCGGCGCUGCUACGGCGCCUCGUUCCUACUUCCGCCGGCGCCCGUCCUCCCAGCUCCGCCUCCUCCGCUCCUUUCUGUGCGCAGGCCACCGGGCUCCCUAACCUCCCUCCGUCCGUCGCAUUGCCAAGCCGGCAAGCCGCGGCUAGGGUUUGGGCCCAAAAUCGCCGCCGCCGGUCUAUUCGCCGUCUCUGACCGCUGCACCUCGGCUUGAUCGCCUCCGGCGACCCCAUCUGCACCUCCUCCCUCGGCUCAUUCGGUGUGUUGGGACUUGGGAGAUAUUGUUGCGAAAAGCGAGCAACUUAGACUACGAACGGGAUAUUCUAUUUACCAUCCAUCCAUCCUACUCUCUUCUCUCUAAUGUUGCUGCAGAGAGAAGGGAAGCGGGGAAUCAUCACAGGGGAAGAGAGAGGAGAGGAUGGAGGCGGCAUGGGCUUGUGCGGUAGAUCGAGCCGCCAUCAUGGCUGACUCCGCCAAGCGCUUCUUCCUCUCCUUCCGCCGCCCACCGCAGCAGCAGCCGCCACUGCCGCCACAUCCAAGCCAUAACCCCGUUGAUAUCUUGAAGCGUUUGCAGCGACAAGCAUUUUAUGACAUCAUGCAGCUGAGGGAGAGACAAGAGAAAGUUGAAAGAGUGCUUUCGUUGUUCAAAGCUUCCAAAGUUGGUCCAUUUGCAGAAGAAAGCACUCAUGUCAAGGGUGUUAUCAAUGUCGCUGGAUCACUGUCAAGAGAUAGUUCAGAAGCAGAAUCUGGAAUUAGUUCACGGUUUGUGUUUCAGACCACUGUUCGGAAAAAGGAUUCCCUCUUUGCAGAGCUCAUCACUGAUCAUAGAUACAUGUCUCAAGAAAAUGAUCAUAUUGGGAGCCCUCUUGUAUUGUCAAAGGUGAUGUAUUUGUCAAAUAUCAAUGACUCAUUGUCUGUUGCUGCUGUACCAAUUGGGGCAAGGUGUGAUGAUUUUUCAACCGAUCCAAAUCUCCGAGAGGAACAUUGGCUGACCAGCUUGCGUUCUUCUUUGAGGCCACCUUUGCUGAUUAAAAGUCACAAAUAUGCUGGUGGCCUAAUACUGAGAUCAAAGAACUUUGCUGUUUCUCUUGCUGAGCUGAUUUCAGUAGCUGGGCAGACACUAAAUCCUGGUGAAGCUAGUAGAGUUUUCACAGAAUUCGGGCAAUUUUCAUAUCAGAUGCCUGAUAACAUAAAAUUGACUAUGUCUGCUGCCUGGCAUGGACCAAGUGUGGUUCCUCAGAAGAGGAAACCUACUGCUGGAGGUUGCAUUGAUGUUGAGCUGAAAUUCGAUGAGGACUCCAGAAUCGGGGCUUGGAUUGAGUUCGACAGGAAGUCAAACCCACGGUCACUGAGAUGGGCUCUCACUCUAUCAGAAACCCCGGAGGAUGACCUAGGAUGGGGUUUGAGCUUGAGGAGAGGGACUGAAGCCAAACCACAACGGUUUCAGGUAGUCGGUUUUCUGAAUUUGCAUCUGGGCAAGAAGGCUGCUGUGCAACCUGGUGUCGUGUUCAACAUGGACGGGAGGAGAUGCACACCUGCUCUUGUAUUCCACUCAAGCUGGUCCUUGUGAUUAUGGUGUAGGAAACUUUUGGUAGAUCAGAGAAUGCAGAAGGAAUUGUUUGUAUAUCAUGUGGAAGAAAAACAAUUCAUUUAUAAGCGCAUGAAGUGUUACUAAAAUGGUAAUGAGAAAUCAAACUUCCAUGACGUACUUUAGCACUUCAUCUGUAUCAAAUCAGUGAAUGUUAUUGAUCCACCAAUGAAAUGUUGGGGUAAGUUAGGGC